UUUUUCUCCCAUUUCCCAAAGAACAGCAUUUAUCUCUCUUGUUUUGGACCCUCUCUUUUAUUAUUUUAAUGAUUUAUGUCCUUAUUUGCAUGAACUCAAUAAAAUCAAUUCAAUCCCAGAAAACCCCAAUUAAAAAAAAAAUUUCAUCUUUGUAAUUCAACAUCUUUCACUUUUUCGCAUUUUCUACCAACUGGGUAUCUCUCCCCCCAUUGUUACCCAGAAAAUGAGGUGGGAAAGGGUUCAGCUACAGCCUAAACAAGCUCACCAGCACCAGCAACAGCAACAACAAGAAUUGUUGUGUGAGGUGUCUGGGCCAGGGAAGAGGUGGGGGCACACCUGCAACGCCAUUAAAGAAGGGAGGUUGCUAUAUGUCUUUGGGGGUUAUGGCAAAGAUAACUGUCAGACCAACCAAGUUCACGUUUUCGACACUGCUACGCAUACAUGGAGUAAGCCGGUGAUAAAAGGAACCCCUCCAACUCCAAGGGACAGCCACAGCUGUACCGCCGUUGGUGAUAAUCUCUUCGUUUUUGGGGGUACAGAUGGGAUGAACCCUCUCAAGGAUUUGCAUAUAUUAGACACCUCUUCACAUACAUGGAUAUCGCCAAGUUUAAGAGGUGAUGGACCGGAGGCACGAGAGGGUCAUAGUGCAGCCCUUGUUGGGAAACGGCUUUUUAUAUUUGGUGGCUGUGGAAAAUCAUCUAAUAAUAGCGAUGAAGUGUACUACAAUGAUCUUUACAUUUUGAAUACAGAGACAUUUGUAUGGAAACAUGCUACAACAUCAGGCAACCCACCAUCUCCACGUGAUAGCCAUACUUGUUCAUCUUGGAAGAACAAAAUAUUUGUUAUUGGUGGUGAAGAUGGUCAUGAUUACUAUUUAUCCGAUGUCCAUAUCCUUGAUGCAGAUACUCUAAUGUGGAGGGAGCUGAACACUUCAGGCCAGCUUUUGCCACCCCGAGCUGGUCAUUCAACUGUUGCUUUUGGGAAGAAUUUAUUUGUUUUUGGUGGAUUCACAGAUGCCCAAAAUCUAUACAAUGACCUCCACAUGCUUGAUGUUGAUACUGGUGUAUGGACCAAGGUGAUAACUGCAGGUGAUGGGCCUUCUGCUAGAUUUUCUGUUGCUGGGGACUGCUUGGAUCCUGUGAAGGGAGGUGUACUUGUGUUUAUUGGUGGUUGCAAUAAAAGUCUUGAGGCACUGGAUGACAUGUAUUACUUAUAUACAGGACUUACCAGGGAGAGUGAACGGAGGCUAGAGAAAUUAUCUUUGAGGAAGCAAUUAAAGCUAAAGUGCCAAGAGCAAAAUCUCACUUCUUUUCACGACAAGCCUCUUGUUAACGUUGGAACUGGUGCAGAUAUGAGGCAACCCAUGACAGUUCCAUUUUAUGCCCAACCAUGUAGACAGAAUAUCCCAUUGAAUCAAUCGCAGCUUCUUCUGGGAAAGAAGACAUUUCAAGCAAAGGUUACUGAAAAACUUUUUGAUGGAUAUACGAUUGAAACUGUCAUUGAUGGAAAGCCUCUUCGUGGUAUUUUAUUUUCCAACAAGCCAGACAUUCACAACAUAACUACUCCUAAUUCCAGCAGGAAGCGGGCUGCCAGCGAUGCUGGUGAUUUAAUGUCAAAUGGUGAUUACAACAGCAAAUCAAAAACUUCUAGGAGCGUCAUGCAAGAGACGGUAGAUCACACACAGGCAGAUAAUGUUCAUGGCAAGGAGUCCAUAUCACAUGAGCAGACAGAAGCUGCUGCAGCGUCCGUUUCUAAGAAUCAAGCAUAUUCUGAUGCUUCUCAUCUGCAUAAGGUUAGUGGAAAACCUGAUCAGUCAGUGACUCCAUUGAAUCUGGGUGAUAAUCAGACAAAUGAUGCUUCAAACUUUAACACUGAAAUUGUGGGAGAAGACAGGAGUCACAGGACAACUGAUGCACCAAAUUUUGACUCUGAAGUUAUGAAGGAAAAUUUGUCUGCCAUAGAAAAUACAACCGUCAGUUCAUCCCGAAACCAAGAUGGCAGGAAACUAACUGAAGGACACAGUGAAGCAACAUCUGUUUGAAAAAAUGUGGUUGAGGAAUGCUUCUGAACAUAACCCAAAACGGAAAACCACCGGCUAUUUGUACAUUCAUCAUCUCAAGGUGAUCAUAGAUGCAUAUGACGGGAUAAACAGAAUUUUCCGACUCUUGUGAUCUGCCACCUGCUAACAGUCCUAGGUCUAAAAUUCUAGUUUUAUGUAGCUCACAUCUAAACCUGGUGGAUUAUUGAUUAGUUGCUAUUUCAAAUUGAACAGCUUCAUACAUUAUGGCAAAAAUAGUUUGCUUAUUAGAAUUUGGUGACUCUUAUAGGUAUUGCUUCCCUUUUUUCAGCAAAAGAAUGAAUGGCAAUUGCAGUUAUCCACAUUCUUCUGCUGGUUCCAUCUCCAUGAGAUGAAAAAACAGCUUAAAUUUACUUCUCUUGUGAUC